AUGGGUGUCAUCAUUGAUCCAUCUGGAUUUGGAGUUUAUGUCGGUAUGCUGCGUCGCAUUGGGAAUCAUGAAAUGAAAGAGAUCAAGACAUUGGAGAAACAAUUUCAAUCUGAAGUGGCUGAAAAAAUGUUUCGACUCACCAAGGAGAAAUUCAGUGAUGAUAAUCGAAAACAAGCAUUGGACGACCUGCUGCAGCAAACCAAUGUACGCUUAUGUCAACAGGAGAAUGAUGAAGAGUCGCAUAAAAGACGUAGAGGCAAGAAAAGCAGCAUGCAAUCACUCUCGUUAGACAUGCUCAAGCGUGUCACUGAUGUUGACGUGUAUCUAGACAAUAUGUUGCGUCGUAAAGCUGCUGCGGAUGCAACUAGCCAACAGAAGUUUGUCAAACCCAUUUCAUCGCAGGAGAUUGCAGAGACCGAUUCGAAACUUCGCAAUCAGUUGACACGAUUUCUAGUGUCAUCACAAAAAAGCAGGCAUCACUCGAGGCUCAAGGUGAUAACUUGGGUCAUCUGUAGUAUCAUGGCGAAGACGUAUGCCUUGCUACUAAGCGAUGACAAACUCCCUGAUGACGACGGCAUAGAAGAGGACAAGCCGAAGGCUGCCAAUAAACUAGCUGAAAGUGACAAGGAAGAGUGUGAUUGUUGCUGUGUGGGUAAGGACUCUUGCACCUGUCCUUGUACUUGCAAAUGCCAUGUGGAGUCGAGUGAUGAAGAAGACGAGGAUAGCGAUUGUCAAGACAAGGCAGCAAAGGUAGAUGUGGAACCGGAAACCUCUGGCAACGUUGGCAGUUUUCCUGUUAUGCCGACAGACCCGUUUGCCAGCAGGCUAGGAAAAAUCAUCCCAGAAGUGACUGUGACGCUUGAAGAAGUGACAACCGAGGUGGAGAGAUUUUUGAGCUCUCAACAAUCACGUGACAAUCAGCCGCAUACAGCGAAAGACGUGCUUUUGGUGUUGUCGUCCCUCGAAAACCACUUGAUUAGCAAGUUCUCGGUCACGUGCAGCAGUGUUUCUUGGGCGGGACGACGAUCCGUACUAGAACUAUUGUCUCAUAUCCUAAGCGACACGGAGGACGCACAUAGCAAAGACGAAACCAGUGCAAGCACGUGGCUGCGUAGCCUUAUGCGUUCUUCAGAAAGGAGUGAUAACGACGCGAUCUCACUGAAAGUUAUCAGCGAAAAGCGCCUACUAGAAGAAGUGAUGCCAUUUGUUCGAGAAUGCCGCGCUGUCAUCUCUUCAUCUUCUUCGUUGUCUUCACUUUCCAGUGAAAAGCAACACCAAUGGAUAACACACCGAGUUUCCGUGCAGCUUGGAUGCAGUCGCACGGAAGAGCGUGAACUUCCGAGUGCUGAAGAACUGGUUCGACUCGUGGAUCAGCAACCUCACGAAGAAGCGACUUCGAUAAUCAAGUACAUCGGCAGUUUGGACCUUAACCAUGGCAGCGGCAGCUUUGACGUCGCAGUCACGCGGGAAGGUGCAACAGGUGAGUCCAUGCAGUUCUUGACGGAGCAAGCUCUUGAAAAAUUGUGCAAAUGUCCGUACUUGAUUGAUGUAUCGCUUUAUAUGGAUUGGCACGAGCGGUAUGCUCCUAUGUGUGGGUCAUUGCUCUCGUUUAUUCGUGUGCAUGAAAUGAUUUUACUUGAUCAUGCACCGUCAAACAACUGUAUGUUUGUGUGCUGUUUAGACGGAACGAUUUUGCGUGUUAAUGAGAAAUCGACACCGUCUGAUCUCGAAUUGUUGCUUGCACGAGCUCAACAAGAGCAAACCCUUGUUGCCGCCAGCCAAGUGGCAGUUCACUUAGUGUCGAUGAUGGUGACGUGCAAGAGUCAAGCAAAUUUCCCGAAGCAACUUGUUCAAGCUCAUCUACGUGCUCACUUGUUGAGCUUCGCCAAGGACUGGAUGGCUGACAGCUGGCGACCUCGCUUUGUUUUGGAGGUGCUUAUGGAAACGCCGGUCGAGUUUGCAGAAUGCAUCAUGUCGUUACUAUUAGGUAUAGUCGGACAGGAUGGGCCGGGGUUCUCGAACGAUUGGGGCACUGCAGAUAAGAUCUGGAAGGCUUGCCACAGCGAUGCUGAAAGAAAAGCCCUUGUGUUCAUAUCUAACCGAAGCUCGUCGCCGCUGUGGGCGAACCAAACGGAGCAGUGGCGCACUAUGCGUGAGAACCUGACGGUUGCGGUCGUGGAGGAUGAUGCUGGUGGUUCUACUGGUACCGGUAGAGAUGUGACUGAGACCAAGUCUGCAUCUCCGACUGAUGCAAGCAAUAGCAAUGACAAAGAUGACAGCAUGACAUCUAACUUCCUGGACACUUCUGAUUCUGAAGUGGCGUUGGCCAGCUUCUCAAACGAGCUACUUGACCAAGAUAUUGAAGAUGGGCCCUCUACUGAGAGCUUGACUAGCGCUAAUUCGCGUCAUUUGUUUAUUGAAGACUUGCGUAAGAAGCAGUUUGGCGUUGGACUUCAAAUUCAUGACGAGGCAACGACAUCAGUGCUGCUAAUUCAGCAGCAACGGCUGGAGCGUGCACUCAAGCGGCUUAGCGAUGAGCUCUACAGCGAGAGCACACACUUCGUUCUCGAGCUGUUGCAGAACGCAGAUGAUAACGCUUAUGACGAUGCUGUGAUUCCACUUGGUGAUUUUUCGUUGACAGCCGACAAGGAAAUUGUCUUUUACAACAAUGAACGGGGAUUCUCACCAGAAAAUAUUCAAGCGAUAUGUGAUGUGGGUGCAUCUACGAAGGCGGCAAUAAGCUCGGAGGCAAGUAUAGGCAAAAAAGGUAUUGGCUUUAAGAGCGUAUUCAAGGUAUCCGACAACCCGCAGGUACAUUCGAACGGUUUUCACAUUUGUUUUCACGCGAAGACUUCGCAGCACGGCAAUGGUAUGGGGUAUAUCUUGCCGUACUGGCUAAACGACACCACUCAGUGGAAACAGCGUCGUGGUACGACAUUUGUGUUACCGUUGAACGAAACAUCAAUGCAUAGGGUGGAUGAAAUUUCGCAGUCACUCCUGGCAUUCGAGCCGUCUGUAUUGCUCUUUCUUCGACGUAUUCGCGAGCUUCGCCUUCGCGAUUUGGCUCGGCAGCACACGCUUCACUUUCUUAAGAGAGAGAAGAAGUUGCAACCAAACACGCUUAUUGUUCAGCUGCUUUCACGAGUAAAGAAAAGCGAGAAUAGCGUGGAUGUGGUGAAGCAAAACUGGCUGGUUGUGAAGGCGAAACUGGAAUCGCCGCCGUUAUUCACUCAUGGCCGUCCGACCGAGAUAGCGCUUGCGCUUCCUGUUGCAGGGCAUCAAAAGGAUUCCAGCGAGCGAAGCGACCGACCACCACUUCAACAAGUUUUUGCGUACUUGCCACUGCGGUCUUAUGGGUUCCGAUUUAUUCUACAGGGAGACUUUGAAAUUCCGAGCUCAAGAGAAGCUAUUACAAACGGAAGUGAGUGGAAUGAGUGGCUUGUAUCCAAAUUCCCACCGCUUGUACGCGCAGCCGUGAGCAACUACAUCUUCACGGUUGAAAAAGACGAAACGAGCGACGGUCAAAUGAGCGGCGAAAACGUAAUUGCUGCAAUCUCACACUUAAUUUCGCUACUGCCUCUCGAAAACGAGGUGCAAGCUCCUUUCCGGAGCAUAAUUCCGGAGAUUAUGCGUGAGCUACGCCAAGUAAAGUGGCUAGCCGGUGCUUUCUUUACGCCAUCUUCAUCCGUGGAAAAACUGCUUAUGCCAUCAGACUUGAUUGAUUGUGUGGAGUUGACGGGGAACGAAGUCAGUGGAAACAUGACAGCAUUGUUGGGAGCUCUCAGCGAAGACGUCAUAACGUCGACGUUUAACAAGCGCUUCCUACAUCCUGCCCUUUCUCGAGACAUGCCGAUAUCGAUGAAAAAGCAGCUACGGAUUGAGCAGCUUCAUUCAUCUCAUUUGAUGCGGGUUUUAUCGCUAUCGGCGAAAAUGAAUGACAUCCACUGGACGGUGAAGAUUCUUGCACUUCUCACAAAGCUUUGGCGAAAGGACUGCCAUUCUAAAUUACUUUGGCAGGAACUUCGGUUAAUUAAGUGCUUCCCGCUUCAACAAAGGCGCAGCAUGGACGGUAAUAUUAGGUGGAUAUCGCUAGCUGAAGGCCACGACACACUUUUUGUAUCUGGUGUCCAAGCGGGCGACACUAAUUCCAGUCGUGGAGAAUCGUACGAAUUUUACGGAGACCUUCGCAUUCUGGAUGACAGAUUCACGCAGGCUGUUUCCAAGAGCCCGAAGCUACGGACAUUCCUGACAAAUGAUGUGGGCAUCCACGUGAUGGAAGACCACGAAUUGAUUCGGCACCAUAUCUUUCCGAAGAUGACGAUGUUGCGUUCACCUACUGACGAUUUGAGCGAUUGUAAUACUGCAGAGCUGGACGUCAGGGUGGUGAUUGAGUACGGGCAGUUUCUAUCGUCGCAUCUGGUCUCUUGCUCAAAUUGUCCGAUGCACGCAGAUGUGAAAGCCAACAUGGUUGUUGCAGCGACCGACGGUCGCGUUCUCACCGUUGGCGUGUCUAACGUGUUCGUAGUCCUGCCAUCCACGUUCAAGGAUAUGUCCCAGCUAGUUUCGUGGAUCACAACGAAGACGAAGACUUCCAAGCUAGAUGAAAGCGCUUUUGGUAUUGUGUCAGGCGAAUAUUUUUCCGACAACGAUAGCAAGACUGAAAUGGUGUUGAAGAACUCGGUGGAUAAAAAAUGGCAGGAGUUGCUGGUGGAUGUUUGUGAGUUGCCUCUACUGUUUGACACUGCAAGUCUCAUCUUAGACCCAUGUUCACAGGCAGGAAUGAAGCAGGUUCUCGAGUGGAUCGAAGGUGAGGAUGAUAUUGCCGUGAAACGCAAUAUUUCCAAGCAUUUGGCAGAGCACUUGGACAAACACUGGAGAGCAAACGAGAGUAAACUCAACUCCGAAAGCUUUGAUUCUGCUUUUACCACUAGCAAUCAGGCGGAUACUUUUGACUGGUGGCGUCAAAACAACUGGCUGGAAGGAUCCGAUGGGAACUUUCACCGCUCGAUUGAUCUAUAUUUGUCGACCGAGACGAUCACUCGUUUGUUCACACCGGCCAUGGUUACGUUCGCCACAAUGACGUGGAAGAACAAAGAUUUCUCCGAACGGGUCCUUGGUAUGAAAGCGGACGCAACUGUGUUUGAUGUGCUUUCAACUAUCUCGAGUCUCUCUGUUGACUCAACGUUGGUGUAUGCACUAGAAAUUGACCAAAUGAUCCGAAUGUACACGUUCUUGUGGGAACAAAGUCAGCAGUCUGAUGCUUAUCGUGACGAAAUCAUGAAAGCGUUCUCGUGCAAAAUGAUGCUGUUUGUUCCAGCUGAGGCACAUACAUCAGGAAAGGAAACUCGAAACCACUUCGCUGGUAUAAAGAAUGCGGUAUGGUCAUCGACAGCGCACAACGGAGAGCUGUUUUCGCUAGAGACCCAGUAUCCGAAGACAUUAUCCGCCUUCUUCACUGAGCAACAAACGGAGCGCGUCCGAGAAAACCAAGUUGUGGAAAAAAAGCUGUUACCACUUCUGUGCGCACUAGCCAAGAAAGUGAAAAAGCGCUCGCUGUCGAAGAAAGAGACUAAGACGAUCAGGAAGACUAUAAAGUCAGCUCCUUGGCUGCCAGCACGAUGCAUGAAUGGAUUUCAAAAUGGUCUAGUGUUUUGUAGAUUAAAAGACCAGCCUGUAUUAGCGACGACGGAGAACGAAAAGAAGCUGCAGAAGUUGAUGUUGUCUCUCACUACGGAGAUUUCCGCAGACCAUGAUGUCAGCCUAUACGAAGACGAAAAGAACAAGGACGGAGAGGAUGUCAAAAUGGUUCAGCUUGAUGCCUUCACGGACAACGGCGUUCUGGACGCACUGCUCGGUUUUGCAAAAAUAUCGACAGUAUCUGCCCACCUCGGGGCCCAUGCAAGCUCCUGGUGUAAGAUAUUUGCUCGCUUUACAAAAUCUACUCAGCUCGAUCGCAAAAAAGGUAGGAAGAAAUUACUGAAGCUUGAACAGCUUUUGGUAAAAGCCUGGGCAAAUGUAUUUUGCUCGUCUUCAUCUUCGGUUGUUGGCGAACAGGAGAUCCAGCGGAAUGUGCAACAUUUCAUCUUUUUUCCAACGGUUGAUGACAACCAGCAAUGGGUAUCCGCUACCAAUUUCUAUAUCAAUGACCAAACCGAGCUGUCCAAGCAAGAUCUACAACAACCAGGACUAGCUGGACAGUUGAAAGUACUUGGAUUGUUUUCGUGGAACUAUUUCGUGGACAAUCCAGCAAGUGAAGACAGAGGUAGCGAGGCGACUCGGGUUCGCAAGUUUCUCACCGAGUAUUGUGGUAUGAAGUCGCUUAAGGAGCACUUGCAAUACGAAGUCAGUGUCCUUAGUACGCAGCAUCUUGCAAGUGAGGCUUUUCAUGAAAAGAUUCGCACUGCAUUUGUUCUGGCCCAGCGAUUCCUAUUCCACACCCACCGGCAUCUGUAUGAUCAGUUCCAUCAUGAAUCGAUAGCAAAGCUUGCGUCCGAGCUUCAGUGUGUUUUGGUUGAUGGUCACGAUGGGUUUCAAGUGGUGUAUCGAGUUGGAAAUUCGUUCAGUCUUCGCCGUGGAGCUGAUGCAUUGUCACAAUGCUUCCUCGAUGUCUCGAAAAAUACCCUGUAUAUGCAAUCUGUGACAGGAGACGAAGAAGUAAGUGCGCUCUCUGUGGUCUUAAUGGAGCUCUGUCGUAAACUUUUUGGUACUCAAGUGGCUUCUAGCGUUGCGAACUUGCUGUAUCUGAGUUUGUUGCAGCCUAAUUCUCUAUUGAGAGACCAGUGGCUAGUGCAGACCCAGCUUUUGCCUCCAUUUCCUGCCAGUGAAGCUGGAAGUUUGUGGGUAGAGCAAUUUACCACAUCUUCCACUGCUAACAAUGUUAAUCGAAAGCGAACGUCGAAAGACUUUGAAGAUGGCGAGGUUGCUGCAGAAGAUGGUCCGACGAAGAAACACUAUGCUCCACUGCAAAAUGACAAAACGUACAAUACUUCGUUGCCUCCGUUCGCACCAACAAACUACGGCACGGCUGGAAAUGGGGAAAGCUAUGACAUGCAGAUGCAAAGACCUUCGUACCUGCCCCUUCCACCAGCAAACGGAAGUGCUGACAGAGCUCCGCAUUAUCCACCGCUACCCCCUUCAUCAUCCUUUGGUACAGGGAUGCAAUCUCUGUCGUUGUCGAACACGAUGUCGAAGGAGGAACGAGAGGCUAUCGGUCGCUGGGGUGAGGAGUAUGUGUAUAACCAACUGAAGCAGCAGCAUGCUGACAGUGCGUCAAACCUGAUUGUCGAGUGGGUGAACGAAAAGGAGGAAUCCGGUCUCCCGUACGACCUCACGCUGUCAUCAGGAAAUAAAGUAGUGGAGUAUAUUGAGGUCAAGUCCACGCGCACGACGGAGAAGGGUGUGUUCGAGAUUAGUAUGAAUGAGCUGGAUCAAGCAGCAAUCCAUGGUUCGACAUACUGCAUUUAUCGCGUGUUUAACGCCGGUAACUCUGCAUUGUGCCGAGUAAUUCGCAUGAAGAACCCGGUAUCGCUGGUGCGCCAACGCAAGAUUCAGCUGGCUCUUGUCAUGCAGUGA